CGCUGCAUCGAAAACACAUCAGUGCUUUUUGGAUCUAAAUGAUUACACGGCGUAAAUCUUUACGUGUUGAUACUUAUUAAAUCUCGUUUGAUAUCAGUCUACAGUACACAACCACAAUGUUUACCAAAGCAGCUAGUAUUUUCCUUGUUGCUUGCAUCGCUUUUUCUUAUGCAGAUCAAGCUCAGCCAAAAGCUCAGCAGGGACAAAAAGCCGCCGCCCCUCCUGCUGCGCAAGGCCAAGCUGCCCAGGGACAGGCGCAGCAAGGCCAGGCCCAAGCUGGUCAAGCACAGGCUCCAAAAUCCGAAAUCCAAGGCGCCAAAGAUGAAUUCAUCGGUGGAGUAGCCGCCAUCGGCGACUCCGCAGCCCGUGUCGGUCAGGCGGUCGUAAAUAAAGCCAAAGGCGUCCGAGACAACAUGGAGAAUGCCGGCUCCCAGAUUGCACAAACCUGGUCGCAGAGCGCACAGAAUACCAAAGAUAUUAUUAAGAAUAUUGGCAAUACCGAUAAUGCACCGGCACCUGCUCAGAAACAGUAGGGCCGGUCCGUACACGCUUUUGCUCAAUUGUAAAGUCAGUAUAGAUGUUUGUAGAACGGACCCGGCACUGGUUGUUACAUAACCGUGUUUACUGCCGACAGUUGUUGACUUCUCUUGUAUACUAGUAUUUUGUUUUGGCGCUGAUGUCAAGUUGAAGUAUGUGAUAUAACAGGUUGAUAAAUCAUGCAGCUCAUGGAA